AUAAAAACGAUGACUUUUCCAAAAUAAUUGUUCAACCUUUAAUGUGGGAACAACGAGACUGAAUAUUUUUAGAUUUGCAAAACGUUCUCUGCAACAGCUCGAAGGCAAACGCUAAGACCGUUAUAAGAAAACCUGGGCUCCGUGUGAACAAUUUCUAUGGCCGCAGCUCACGGGUUUCGAUCCUUGCUCAGGACCGUCUUAAGGCGGGACCCGAAGCCGCUACUUUGUAAUGACGGUUUUACGGGGCCGGGUUAUUCUGGACUUUUGCCUUUUACCAGACAACUGGGGUCUAUUGCAAAUGGAGAAAGGAUCCGUGCCACUUUGUUUCCAGGAGACGGUAUUGGGCCCGAGAUUUCUGAAUCUGUUAAACAGGUUUUCAAAGCAGCUGAUGUACCAAUAGAUUGGGACGAACAAUAUGUAGGGACUGAAAUAGAUCCUCGCACUGGUAGUUUCCUGACUUGGGAAAGUUUAGAGUCGGUGCGGAAAAAUGGUAUUGGUUUGAAAGGACCCAUGGCUACUCCAAUUGGCAAGGGCCAUAGAUCACUGAAUCUUACUUUGCGGAAGGAGCUUGGUUUAUAUGCUAAUGUGAGACCUUGCUACAGUCUUCCUGGUUAUAAAACUAAAUAUGAUGGUGUAAAUCUUGUCACUAUCCGUGAAAACACGGAGGGAGAGUAUAGUGGCCUUGAGCAUCAGGUUGUGAGAGGUGUUGUUGAAAGCCUUAAGAUCAUCACUCGUCAUGCAAGUUCAAGGGUAGCUGAGUAUGCAUUUCAUUAUGCCAAGACACAUGGUAGACAAAGGGUAUCAGCCAUCCACAAGGCUAACAUAAUGAAGAAAACGGAUGGACUUUUUCUGCAGUGUUGUCGUGAAGUUGCAGAGAAGUACCCUGAAAUUCAAUAUGAGGAGGUCAUUAUUGAUAAUUGUUGUAUGAUGCUUGUAAAAAAUCCUACACUCUUUGAUGUCUUGGUGAUGCCCAACUUGUAUGGUGACAUUAUUAGUGAUCUUUGUGCUGGUCUUAUUGGAGGCUUGGGGUUGACACCAAGUUGCAACAUAGGAGAGAAUGGGCUUGCGCUAGCUGAAGCAGUACAUGGUUCGGCACCUGAUAUAGCUGGCAAGAACCUUGCCAAUCCAACAGCUUUACUUCUUAGUGCUGUAACCAUGCUCCGCCACCUGGGACUGCAAGAAAAGGCAGAUCAAAUUCAUAAUGCAAUUCUGAAGACCAUUGAAGAAGGUAAGUAUCGCACUGGUGAUCUUGGGGGCUCAUCAUCCACUACAGAGUAUACAAAUGCUGUAUGUGAUCACCUAUAGACAGAACUGUGCUCACCUCCCUAUCUUUCCAAUUCAAUUAUCUCUUCUUCUAUUCCUGAAAUGACCCUUUUUAAAUUCUCAACCAUUAUCCAUCAACUUGCAUGCCCACUAUUUUAAAUUCAUUGCUCAUAAUUUAUAAAUAAUUGUAAUCCCUGAAACAUUUGUUAUCAAGUAGGAUUAAGUCAGAGCAUCUAAAGAUGGAAAGAUAUCAUCAAAGAAUAUAGGAUAACAUCAUUUUUGAAUUAACAUUUUUGUAUACUAACUACAUUACGCAUUUUGUAUGCUUUGCCUUCUAUGUUUUCAUUCUUUGUAAACUGACAAAGGGGUUUGACUCAGAAUCAAGAAAGGUUCAUACUUCUAUCCACUUACAACAAAUCCCUUGGGUGCUUCUUAGCACCGCAUUUGUUUCAGCAACUAAAAUAGCACGUGAAGUUUUCUAUUUUAUUGUUGAAUUUGAAUUAUUCACAUGUGAUAAAUGCUGGAGCUGUCACAAUUAGCAUAUAUGCUAAAAUUGUAAUUGUUAAAUAAUUGAUUGUUCGAAUUUCAUACCAUGUUGAAUAAAUCCAAUAUUGCAGAUUA